AGGAAAAGAAGACUUUGUCCACGGUGUCUCCGCUCAGAUGCAUCACCGCCCUGCUCUUUUAAUGGGGCAGCGCUGAACUUUGAAGUUCGGGGGGAAGCUUCUCCGAAGUGCGCUAAUGUGAGUUCUGAACACAAGGAGACAUGUCAGCCGCUCAAGGACUUCUAAACAGCGUCUUUUCCUGCUCGUCCCCUGCCUCCAAAGCCAUAACCAAACGCAGGCUACGCCAGACCCGGAGCCUGGACCCCGCCAUCAUCAGACACUGCGGCACCGGGAGCGAUGGAGCGGCCGCAGACACAGGUGCGUCCGCCGAGCGCUUGGCUGUGAAGCCGGCUUUACGCACCAAGAUCCCGACCCUGAAGGAACCUAUAACCCCUUCCAUCUCCUCUCCUUCCAUACCUCUGGAUGUUUCCCCGUCCUCCAACUUCCACUUUGACUAUGAUGUGGUUAAGCGUGCCAAAAGGAAUACCGCCGGGGAUUUACCGUUUAUGGUGAGGGGAGCUGGUGCCGCUCCCUCAGGGAGCACCGGCACGCUGUUUUCCCCGCGGAGGUGGCUACAGAAGAAAGUGCAGCCUUCCAGCUCUCACUCUUACGUCGUGUGGAAGUCAGAGGGGGAUUUCACCUGGAGCAGCCUGUCGGGGCGGAGCGUGCGUCUGAUGCCAGUUGCCAUCCAAAGCCUGUCAGAGCUGGAGAGGGCCCGGCUACAGGAAGUGGCCUUCUCCCGUUUACACCAGGACUAUGACUUGGGAUGUCAGAUAACCAUGCCAAAAGAUGGACAGAAGAGGAAAAAGUCGCUGAGAAGGAAGUUGGACUCGCUCGCAAAAGAGAAAAGCAAAGACAAAGUUGUUGUCACGACUGCGCUGCAGCUCUCUCUGCCAGCUGAAACGCCGAGUAAAAAAGAGAAGCACAGGGACAAAAGGCUGAGCCUGAAUCCCAUUUACCGUCAGGUGCCACGUGUCGUCGAUAGUUGCUGUCAGCACAUCGAAAAAUAUGGUUUGCACACUGUGGGGAUCUUUAGAGUUGGAAGCUCCAAGAAGAGAGUCCGACAGCUGCGAGAAGAGUUUGAUCGUGGCAUUGAUGUGCAGCUAGACGAGGAGUACAGUGUUCACGAUGUAGCUGCUCUGCUGAAGGAGUUCCUAAGGGAUUUGCCGGACCCUCUCCUAACCAAGGAGCUCUACACGGCCUUUAUUAACACCACAUUGUUGGACUCAUACGAGCAGCAGAGUGUCGUUCAGCUGCUGAUCUACCUUCUCCCAGCAUGCAAUAGUGACACACUUCACCGCCUGCUGGAGUUCCUGUCCACUGUGGCUGAUCAUGCGCAUGACCAGCAAGAUAAAGACGGGCAGGAGAUCACAGGGAACAAGAUGACAGCUUUAAACCUCGCCACCAUCUUUGGUCCCAACCUCCUCCACAAGCAGAAGAGCACAGACAAGGAGUUCACAGUCCAGAGCUCAGCCAGGGCCGAAGAGAGCACGGCCGUCAUCGCCGUGCUGGAAAAGAUGAUCGCCAGCUUCCAAGCACUCUUCAUGGUUCCUCCUGAUCUGCAAAACGAAGUUUUAAUGAGCCUUUUGGAGACCGAUCCAGAUGUGGUCGACUACCUUCUGAGGAGAAAAGCAUCUCAGAGUCCGGACCUGUUACAGCCAGAGGAGCCCUUCGUCCUGAGCGAGCGGCAUUCGUCCAGCGACUCCAACAAGGCGUCGAGUGGUGAAGUGUCCCCUUAUGAUAACAACUCCCCGGUCCUGAGUGAGCGCAGAGGGGAACCAGGGAGCCCGGCCAGUGAGCAGCUCUACCGCGUCCCAGAACAGUACUCUCUAGUGGGGCAGAGCGGAGCUGUCACUUGGGGUUAUAAAGAAGAACAUGCUAACAUUUGGGGCACAUGGCACAGUACUCUGAAAUCGGCACUCAAGAAUCAAACAUAUACAGGUUCCCAUAGCAACAUGUCAGAAGGAAGCUCCCGCAGCUCACAGGAAGGUCUAGAUGGACUCCAUAGUGAUAGCAGGCAUCAGACAGCAGUACAACGGACUCAGACAACGCCUGACAUCUCCGAGUGCAGACUCCACCCACCGGUCACCAGAGUGUGCACCAACCCUCAUGCGGACAAGGGGCAACCACGCCUGCAGCUAAACAUCAACCCUCCUUUGACAUCGCAAAGGGGACAUGGAGUUAACUCGACCCUCAGACCUCAAGCCGGAGCGAACACCGGAGAAGGCGGCCCCCUCGAUGGACGCUCUCCUCCCCCUUAUAAUGCGCAUCAUCGAUUGGCUAGCUCACAAAGUACCCCUCAGCUUGCGACGGCUCAGCAGCCACACGGGAGGUCGAGCGCAGGGCAGAGCAACUCGGCUUCAACAACAGAAGCCCCGGUGGUCGCACAGAGUCCAGAGUGGCAGGAGUGGCAGAGGGACCGGUGGCAGAUAUGGCAACUGCUAUCCUCGGACAAUGCUGACACACUGCCAGAAACUCUGGUGUGAUUUCAGACAAUGUACUCUGUCUCAGCCUCUUCUGGCCAAUCAAAGACAAGAUCAAACCCCUCCAAUGACAAUCACUCCUUAUCCCUAUCCUUUCCCUUUUUAUUUCUGCUGCCCUCUCAUCCAUUCACUCACUGAUUUCCUGCUUUCUAUGAACAUCAUGUGCUGUCCUGCAACUUAGCGCCGUGGCGUUGUUGUUUACGUGUGCAGCUGCUGCCUCCAAUAGACUUUUACAUCCAGGAGCCACUAGUAUUUGUUGAUCUGUACAGAUGUUAAAAAAGUUGCUCAAUUUCCUGGCCCAUAUAUUAUGUCAACAUUUAGUUAGGAGCAUUUUUUAAAAAUGCCUACCCGAAAUACCUCAAAAAAUACGUUCAGAAUAUUUUCAGAUUUUCUAUUUUGAGCGACGUCAGUCUUCAUAUCUCAAUGGAGAAUAUUAGGAAAACAUUUUUUAAGUUUUUUACAUUUUAAUUUCAUCAUUUCUACAUUGGUCACCACACACUAAGAUGUACGCGUUAGUAACUGCUGCUAAUUACAGACUUGUUGUGUGUAUACUAAUGAUGUAAUUCAGCGGCAUCUUUCUGAAAAGAUCAAAUGUUGAGUUGCUUUUUGAUGUCAGAUUACCUUUGACUGUAUAUAUAUGUAUAUGAAUACACAAAUUGUUGACAGACGUGCUUAAAUAUUAUAUGUAAAGUGUAUAAUUUGCCUAAAAGUAUCUACCUAAAUGUAAGUCAGCCCCUUAAUCGGCAGUCCAGAUGUUGGUGUUUGUCAGACUGCUGUUUCUGUCUUUGAUAUUGAAUGUAAAAUGCUUCACUUGCAGUAAGACGCUUAAACCUAAUUAUGAAGCAAUCUGCUGUAAGUUUGCUUGUGCUCUCGCCACCUGCUGCACUGCAGAAACAACGUGCCAAAGUAUCUCUCUCUCUCUUUAAACUAAAGGAUCAUUGUUGUUCAGUUGUGUUGAUUCCAUCCAUUCUUUUUAUUUCUACUAAGACUCAAGAGUUAAGUUACUGGCAUUUUUAGCAAGAAUUUCAUAUUUUAGCACAAAGCACAAACUGUAAAUAAUAGAUGGAAGUAGCCACUAGCUCUGAAAUCCUCCAGGUUAGCAUUUUUGCCAAAACUGGACAUUAUGAAUAAAGAUUCGAUCUGACUGAAACUGAGGGAAACCACACGCUCACUGAGGCGUUAUCGUUACUGACAGGUCAUCAGGAAAGGGACAGGGCAUGCUCACUGGCUGACUCUAGUAAGUACCCUAAUUAAUAAACUGGGCAUUGUAUUUCAUUAAGAUUGACUUGAAACUAGCAAAUGAGCCCAUAAACUAGAAAAGUGUUUA